AGAGAGAGAGAGUGGAAAAGGGGUCGUCUUUGUUGUUGUCCGGCGUGACCUCUCCAUUGCCAGUCUGUCUUUCGUACCCCACUCUCCCAAGCAAGAUAGCAGGCUCCCUCAUUUAUAUAUAUGCAGCAUAGGCAAACGCAUAAUUGAACUCAAGAAAAUUGCCCCAACGCUCUGUGCUCUCAACCAUGAGUCUCUUUGGCAUUGGUAGCAGAAACCAGAAGACAUUUCGUCCCAAAAAGAGUGCCCCAUCAGGAAGCAAGGGUGCAGAACUUCAGAAACAUAUCCAUCAAACCUUGGGGAGUGGAAACUUGAGGGAAGUGGUUCGUCUCCCGCCCGGGGAAGAUCUUAAUGAAUGGCUGGCUGUUAACACUGUGGAUUUCUUUAACCAAGUGAAUAUAUUGUAUGGCACUCUCACUGAAUUCUGCACUCCGACAACCUGUCCAACGAUGAAUGCAGGGCCGAGGUAUGAGUAUCGAUGGGCUGAUGGAGUUGCUAUAAAGAGACCCAUCGAGGUUUCUGCUCCUAAAUAUGUUGAUUAUUUGAUGGAUUGGAUUGAAAAGCAGCUAGACGACGAGUCAAUCUUUCCUCAAAAGUUAGGUGCUCCGUUUCCAGCCAAUUUCCAGGAUGUUGUGAAGACGGUGCUUAAGAGGCUGUUUCGCGUCUAUGCUCAUAUCUACCAUUCACAUUUCAAGAAGAUUGUGAGCCUGAAAGAAGAAGCUCACCUUAACACCUGCUUCAAGCAUUUUGUUCUCUUCACAUGGGAGUUCCAGUUAAUCGACGAGGGCGAGCUUGCACCUCUCCAUGAGCUCGUCGGAUCCAUUUUGCAAGCUUAGGAUCAUCUUGCUGUUUGUCAUUCCAUUCAUUAGUUUCUUUUAGCUGCAGAAUGAUACAAGGAAUUUUGGGGAUAGUUUGUUCAGUUCAUUGUUUCGUUUGUGUUUUCGAGCAAAUGUUAAUUGUUUUCUGGCAUUUUUCUUUGAAGUUUUCAAAGAUUUCUGUCUUGCAUUGUGAA